ACUCACUCACUCAUUCUUCCUACCAAACACAACUCACCGGAGAAAUCCCGACCAAUGACGGAGGAUGCGCACGAUUCCGACGCCAUCAACAAAACUGGGAAGGAAGCGUCGCUUCCGGAAGAUAUUGAGUCCCAAGUUAAAACCGUCAUGCGCUCUCGGGUCGCCUACUUCAAGGAACAAGCAAAUUCUUUGACAUUUGAAGGUGUUCGGAGGUUGUUAGAGAAGGACUUGGGGUUGGAGACUUUGGCAUUGGAUGUGCAUAAGAGGUUUAUCAAGCAAUGCCUGCUAGAGUGUUUAGGAGGUAGGGUUGAUGACAACGCCUCCAAGAAUUCUGGUGAAACAGUUGACACAAAUGUGAGUACAACUUCAGAAGUAGCAGAACUGCCUAAAGGACGUCAGUCAAAAAAAGAAGUAAACGAACCUCACUCUGAAGAUGAACAGAAAAUGGAAGACUCUCCUGUCAUGGGACUUCAAUCCAGACAUAAAAAAGCUAGCACUGAAAUCAACAAAGCUGAGCAUGAAGAAACUAAAGAAGUGUCCAAGGGUGAAAUAAAGAAAGCUAUCAGAAAAAGAGCUUCUUAUGUAGUAGCUAAUUCAGAUAAAGUUACAAUGGCUGGUCUUCGUCGACUUUUGGAGGAAGAUAUGAGGCUUGAUAAACAUACUCUUGAUCCAUACAAGAAGUUCAUUUCUGAACAGUUAGAUGAGGUAUUGACAUCUUUUGAAGUUUCUGCCCCUGCAAACAAGGCCAAGAAUAAAACUCUUAAGAAAGAUUCUCAGAGCAGAGCAUCUAGAAAGUCCAGCACCAAGGAGAGUUCUGAUUCAUCAGAAGAUGAGGAGGAGGAAGAAGAAGAAAGACCUAAAGGAAAACUUGUUUCAAAAGAGAGGUUUAAGAACUCUGAAGGGCAUAAGAAAAGGAAAAGGUCAGAAAAGGAGAUCAAGACACCAAGCAAGAAGAGAGUUAAGGCUGCGGAAAAAGUUUCUGAUGAUGAUACUGAUGCAGAAGAUGGUGGGGUUGUUUCUGAAGAUGGUCACUCGCAAUCAUCUGCUGAAAAAUCAGUGAAGAGAAAAGAAGCUUCAACCCCAGCAUAUGGGAAACGUGUGGAACAUCUAAAAUCAGUUAUUAAAUCAUGUGGGAUGAGUGUUCCUCCAGCAAUAUACAAGAAAGUCAAGCUGGCACCUGAGAACAAACGUGAAGCCCACCUAAUCAAGGAACUGGAGGGCAUUCUUUCUAGAGAAGAGUUGUCACCAAAUCCUACAGAAAAAGAAAUAAAGGAAGUCAGGAAGAGAAAGGAAAGGGCAAGAGAACUUGAGGGCAUUGAUAUGAGUAAUAUUGUAUCAAGUUCACGCAGAAGGUCCACAACCAGUUUUGUACCUCCCCCAAAGCCCAAAAUGGAUGCAAGUGAUGACGAUGAUGAAGAUAAUGAUGAUGAUGAGGAUGGCGGUGAGGAGGGCAAUGACGGGAGCCAGAGUGAAGACUCCAAUGAGGAGGAAGAUGACGAAGACAGUGGUUGAACCCUGCAUGAGCCAAACUUGCAAGAUGAUCGAAUAACAGAGCUGUAUUUUUUUUUACUUAUUUUAUUUAUUUUUUCCACUUUGUUUCUGAGUGGGAACAAAUGCCAUUUUAUAGAGAAUGCUCUUCGCUAUGCGACGCUCACUAGGAAUUUCUUUUAGCUGAUGUCAAUGAAGUAUCUUUUAGAAAAGCCGUUGCAAUUGUUAAGUCAAAGAAUGUUUUGUUGCGUUAAUGUCAAUCAUUUCCAUGUAUGAAUGCACUAAGAUUUGGAUUUUCCUUGAACAUUAGGAAUGUUGAUCACAUAAGUUGGUUAAUGUUUGCAUCUCUGCUUCCUUGAACAUUUGAAAACCCAGGAGUCAUCAUAAUCAAGCAACAAAAGUUGA